CAUCUAUCUUGGGCCUUAGGUGUGAUUUUAUUGUGAUAGUCAGAGCGAGUCAAGUUUUUGGCGCUGUUGUCCGGGAACUUCGGUCUGUUAUCGUGAAAAGAUUGUUUGGUGUUAAUCUAGUUUUUAUUUCCAGUUUUGCUAAGGGCGAAGUGUGCUUGUGCUAGACGUGUUGUGUUCUUUAAGUGUGUGUAGGUAGGUGCAUGACCCGGAGCAAUCCGCCGCCUUUAACACCCCUGGACGAGGACAUCAACCGGACUCUCCGACUUUUAGCUCGAGAGAGGGAGCUAGCGGAGGCAAGAAGGAGAAGUGAAGAGAGGGGACAACAAGUUGGUCCCCGAUUUGAAGGAAUUGAAGGAGAAGUUGAAGUUGAGAUGUCGGCAAAUCAACCUCAAGCUGCCAAUCCGGCUCUGAAUCCAAAUGCGGUGGCGGGAGCCGAGGAAGAACCAAGGACCAUGGGCUAUUACAUGGCUCCACGAGCAGCGCAUAUCUAAUCUACCAUCUUACAUCCACGCGUGGCCACCAACAACUUUGAAAUCAAGACUGCCCUAGUCA